AUGGGAAUCCCAGCCAAUUUCGGGAUAUUAUUUACGAUAUUUCCACGUGCGAGAUACGGCCAGGGCGAUUCAUUGGGCGCGAGAAUCAAGAAUCGGAGGUCUGAGAAGCCCACCAUCCACGUCGAUCCGCCGCGCCAAUCGCCGCCGGAGACACAACACACGCGCGCCGACCGAGCGCGAGAGUCCGACGAAGCUCUGACGGAGCGGAGGAACGAGGUCACCACCGACUCCGAACCGUUCAUCCAGAAGACGAUGACUUCCGCGGAGGCUGCGGCGGAGGCGCCCCGCGUCUCCGACCGCGCCCAAACCGCCGGGAUCGAAAAGAGCAAGGACGCGCCCGAAUUCGCGGACGCGGACCGGGACGCCCGGACGACGCCGACGUCCGCCCACGCGACCGGCGUCAAGGCACGGGAGGGCCAGGUCGAGUCGAGCGACUCCGACAGCAACCAGGACGGCGAACGUAACGGCGUGAAGCACGGGGAUGAGGGGCGCAGGCACGGCGAGGGCGCGAAGAAGCGCGAUAAAGGCCACGAGAGCGACGGAAGCGGCGCGUCCGGCUCGUUACACCCCUCCGACAUGCGCCGCGAGGGAUCCUCCGACGACGAGGACCCGCCGUGCCCCGACGAGGGCGAGGUCAAGCUGUCGCUCGAGCCCGACGAUCUCGCCGGCGCCAAGCCGAGUCUCCGGCUGGAUCGCGACGAGCUCGCCGUGAUCGCCAACACCAAGGAAUGGAGCGAGGAGGCCAAGGCUUGCCUGGAGGAGUACCGGAAGAAAGUCGAUUCGGGCUUUAACCCCUUCGACGACGCCUUCCCGCUGUGGCGCAAGGAGCAGUUCAUGGCUGCGACCACCUCGCCCGACCCGACCAGGAAGGAGACGUACGCGGCCAUCAACGCGGCCAUCAUGGAGGAGGCCAGGAAGGAACGCGAGCGCCAGACCAAGGCGAAUGGGGCUUCCGACGUGAACGAUGCCGACGCGAACGCCAACGUCGCGGUCGUCACCAAGCCGGACGCGGACGAGGACGAGGCGUGCACGCUCGAGGAGAAGCUCCCGGGGCGACUCACCGGAGCGCACAAGGGACCGGACGCGGCGCCCGUCGUCGCCCCCGCGAGCGACGAUCCCUUCCUCGCGGCGGCGGCGAGCGCGGCGGCGGCGCACAAGGGUAAGCGUAACUCGAGAUCCCUGAUGUUGGGCAGGAGGUGGUACGAUUCCAGCCUCUACCCGACCCCAGGCGGGGCGGCCAAGCCGGCUGAUUCCAACAAGACGGAUACGACGGCGGCGAACGAGCCGGCGCCAAUCGCCGACGACGGAUCCAAACCGCCGAAGAACAACGGCGACGGUUCGCAGUUCAGGCGACCUCCCAAGCUCAUACUGUUCCCCGACGGGUCCAUGCGAGAGGUUGGCGAGGACGGCGCGGCGCAGCAGCCCGCCGCCGCCGCCGCCGAGGAUGACGGCCUCACCCGGAUCAACAGCGGCCCGCGCGCGACGCCCAGGGACAGCGCCAACUCGGAGAACAUGCAGUACACGCUGCCCGCGUCGCACAGGGGCGGCCCAAACCAGGUUCGCAUAGCGCCACAACCCGCCGCGCUGACGCAGCACCAGCAGCAACACCACCAGCAGCAACACCACCAGCAGCAGAUGAUGAACUGGUACCAGCGACAACCCGCUCAACAGUACCAGCCACCGGUCCAGUACGGCUGGCCCGCGGGUGCCCCGCACCCGUAUCCGCCUGCUCAGAACCCGCAGCAGGUGCAGCACGCGUGGCAGAGCUAUCAGUCGAUGGCGUCGCAGCACGCCAUGAUGAGCUGGAUGAACGCCAUGUGGAUGAACGCCAUGGCAGCCACGAACGCCCAGCAGGCGCAGGCUGAGGGUGAGCAGCCGGGUUCGAAGAAGGGAAAGGCUGUGACGUUUGCCAAGCCGUCCGGCUCCGACGGGUCCGACGGCGGCUCGGGGGGUUCCGGCGGCUCGGGAGGCUCGGGCGGCUCCGGGCCAUCGGGCGGCUCCGGGGGAUCUGGCGGGACGCGCGGGUCGGGGUCAUCGGGCAAGGAUUCCACGCAUAAGCUCGACGGCGCGGGUGACAAGGCUGACUUUCGCCUGCCCAGCGUCAGCUCUGACGACACGCGCGUCGGAUCCGCGGGGGGCAAGGCGGUGCCCACGAAGGGACCGCGCAGCAAGAGGCCCAACCCGAACGAUAAGAAGGCAGGCGGCGGGAGCCCGGUGAAGAGGAGGAGGACGGGAAAGGUGAUGUCCGACGCGGCCGACUGCCUGCAGCUCCUGAGCGAGGGUGCCAGGUGAGAGCCACCUGUAUUUCUGUAUACUACGCAACGCACAUCUUAUUAGGGACGACGAUCGGGGAGAUUCGCUUUCAACCAUUGUAACAGCAGCAUCGGCAUCACGCCCCC